AUGGCCACCCCGAACCCCGACCCGCCGUCGACAGCCCCGGCCUUCAUCCCCCUCGAGGCGAACCCUCAACUCAUGACCACCCUCCUCCACAAGCUCGGCCUCUCCUCCGCCCUCCAGAUCCACGACGUCUACUCCCUCACAGACCCCGACCUCCUCGCCUUCAUCCCCCGCCCCGCGCUCGCCCUGCUCCUCGUCUUCCCCGUCUCAGCAACCUACGAGUCCCACCGCCUCGCCGAGGACGCUCUGCUCGACGACUACAAGGGCCACGGCGACGGCGCCCCCGUCGUCUGGUUCCGCCAGACCAUCCGCAACGCCUGCGGCCUCAUGGGCCUCCUGCACGCCGUGGCCAACGGGCCGGCGCGGGACUACAUCGAGGCCUCCUCCGACCUCGACACCCUCCUCCAGCAAGCCUUGCCCCUGCACCCCGCCGAGCGCGCCGCCCUGCUGGAGAAGAGCACGGCGCUCGCCAACGCGCACCGCAGCGCCGCGUCACAGGGCGACACGUCGGCGCCCGAGGCCACGGAUGACGUCGACCUGCACUACGUCUGCUUUGUCAAGACGACGGACGGGGCGUUCUGGGAGCUCGACGGACGGAGAAAGGGCCCGUUGCAGCGGGGCCAACUCGAGGAGAGCGAAGAUGUCUUGAGCACGAAGGCGCUGACGCUGGGCCCGCUCAAGUUCCUCGAGCGGGAGGGUGCUGAUUUGCGGUUCAGUGCCGUUGCACUGGCGGGGGCUACUGACUAG